AUGGUUCUCUCGUCCGUCUGCCCGCGGGCGCUGUGUCCUGUAGUGUGUCCCUCGGCCACGCAAGGCAGACACGCCCAUGGCCAUGGACGAUCGUCAUGCGUUCGCUCAGGCUCCACUCCAUUCUCAGUCGUCGCUUCCCGCACCCGCUCGUCGUCCCUCGCCUCCGUCUCCCACCUCCCGGCGUCUCUCACAUUCUCCUCGCGCCCCCGCUUCUCUACCUCCGCGCGCCUUGCUCCCCGCGCGAGCGUGGGCGCCGGGAACGAUGCGGCGGUGAGCGCGGAGGCAGAUGACGAGACGUGCGAGAUCGUGCAUGGGCGCGACCUGAUGCUGGGGGGGGACGAGGGGCCGUCAGAUGCGAGCUCAACCACGUCAGCAGCCAUUGCGGCUGCGGCGCACGGGCUGGGGGGAGAUCGGGAGGCGUUCCGCGCGCAUCUGGUGGAGCCGAUUAAGAAUAAGAACGGGAGCGGCGUGGUGCUGCUGUCUGAUGUGAUGGGGCUCGAUGACGCGGACACGAAGAUGUUCGCGUACCGGCUUGCUUGCUUCGGCUACAGCGUGCUAAUCCCCGAUCUCUUCCGCGGGCAGCCCUGGGAAGCGUCUCGCCCGCAGGAGGAGUACGACUCGUGGCGCGAGUCACUUAACGCCGCGCAGCUAGCCAUUGACAUCGACACCGCUGCGCGCUAUCUCGCCUCCUCCAUCUCCCUCCCCGCGCCUGUCAGCCCCGGCAACGGCCGCAUCGCCCUGCUAGGCUUCUGCUUCGGAGGUGGCCGGCUGAUUGAGGCCCUGGCUCGGGAUGGAAGCAGUGGGAGUGAUGGUGACGGGUUGACAGCUGAGUUGUUCAGCACUGGGGUGUUUUUCUACGGGACCAGGUUUGAUCCUGCGAUUGCUGGGAGCAUCCGGGUGCCGCUGCUGCUGGUGGCUGGGGAUAGCGACUCGCUCUGCAAUGUAGAGACUCUGCAAGAGGUGUCUAGGAGAGUUAAGGGAGGAGCAGGAAGGGGGAAGGAGGCGGUGGAGGUGGUGACGAGGGUGUAUGCGGGACGGGGCCAUGCGUUUGCGCACCGGCCCAAGAGCAUGGAUGAGGAUGAGGAUGCGGAGGAUGCGUUUCAUGCCACGAGGCACUGGCUGCAUGCACACCUGCUGGAAGGCGCCCCAGGGUGGACUGAGCCUGUUGCAGUCAGCAAGAAAUAG